AUGAGCACGUCACAACACACAAACAUUCUCUGUCUCUCAUUACUCUUUGUUGUGACAUUCUGCUUGGUCUCCGCUCGGUCAUCACCAUUAUUUUCAAAACUAACAAUAACAACAACGUCGGAUACUCAUCAUGACACUGAUGUAACUUCCUCCUCACGACUACCAACUUUGAGAACUUCUCGGCCGAAGGACUCAAUUUCCAGUACUGACAUCCUCGCUACUUCUGCAGCAGUAAAUACGAAUGGCAUUAUUCCGACGUAUUUACGCAUCUCAACCAUAGCAGGAUAUGACGCCACAGCGAAUGGUCUCUCUGCUACUGAAUCACAAUUAUUGACGCCUGUAGGAAUUAGUUGUGCCACUGCUCCUUCUUCUUCUCGAGAAAAUUGCGUCAUGGUCGACCAAGGUCUAAGUCUAAUUCGAAAAAUUCAAGUUGUGGAAAAUUCUUCUUCUGGAGUUCAACAAAGAGUCAUGAAUACUCUCGUUGGAGUGCUGGGAACACAAUCGUAUAAUGGUGAGGGUUUAGACGGACCAAAUACUUUCUUGAAUAAUCCCAGUGGAGUUUUUGUCACCCCAUGGGGAGAUGUUUAUUUUACAGAGACACAAUCGAACGUGGUACGAAGAUGGUCUUCUUCCUAUGGAAAGGUGUAUGCCGUAGCAGGAAGAGUUUAUAAUGGUAAAACAAUGUUUUAUGGCGAUGGAGGACCUGCACUUUUGGCAGCAUUGGCUUCUCCUCGUGGAGUCUUUGUCAGUCCACAUACUUUGGAAAUUUACAUUGCGGAUACAUUUAAUAAUAGAAUUCGAAAAGUAUUUACAAAUGGAACUAUUGUCUCCAUUGCUGGUUCUGGUGGCAAUGGACCGUUCGAUGACCACACUCAACCAUUCGAUCAAAUGUUGGCUAUUGAUUCAAAAUUAUAUUUUCCAACACAUGUGGAAACUCGAAAAAACCAUUUGGGGGAGGAGGAAGUGUACAUUGCAGAUUCCAAUAAUGCAUGUAUUCGAAAAAUUUUGAGCAAUGGAACACUUGUCACAAUUGUUGGAGUUUUGGGACAAAAAGGAUUUAAUGGAGAUGGUAUUCCUGCAACGACCGCUUUAUUGAACAAUCCCUCAGACUUUUCAUUUACUUCAACUGGAGAAAUGAUUAUUAACGAUAGCGACAAUGGUCGAGUUCGAAAAGUCUCGAAGGAUGGAAUUAUUUCGACCAUUGCUAUUGCAAGUGUUUCAGGUUUCGAAAAAUGUAAAUUUUCUGAUGAAGAAGCAAUUGCCAAGAAUGCCACUAAUUUUUUUGGAAGCAUUAGUUUUGUUCAUGUCGCCCCCAAUGAUGACAUUCUAGUUUCAGAUGUCAAAUGUAAAAGAAUUCGAAGAAUAUCAGGUGUCACUGGAAAAGCUUCAGCCUAUGCUGGCACAGGUACAUACGGAUACAAUGGCGAUAAUAUUGCCGCAACAAGAGCUGUACUGUCAGCACCAACCAAAAUGGCGAUCCUACCAACGACUGGCGAAUUAAUUUUCACAGAUUCAUCUUUUGAACGAGUUCGAAAAAUUACUAAAGAUGGCCUCAUACAAACCAUUGUAGGAAGUGGACUAAAUGGAAAAGCAACAGAUGGAACGAACGCACUUCAAGCUCCAUUAGCCCAUCCAAAAGGAUUGGUUGUCAAUACUACUGGUGAAUUGAUAGUUACAGAUACAAAUAAUCAUUCAAUUCGAAAAAUUACCUCCUCUGGGACAAUAUUAAGAAUUGUAGGGCUAGACACAGAGGGUUAUAAUUACGACUAUGUCAACCCUUUACUUGCUGUGGAUGCUCAAAUUUCAACUCCUCGAGGACUAAGUAUUUCUCCCCAAGGAGAGCUCUACUUUACCGCUUCUAAUUAUAUUGCAAAAAUUACUGUGGAUGGUUAUUUUAAAAUGGUUGCUGGUACAUCGUUCGCUGGAUAUGAAGGAGAUUUCAGUUCUAUUGAUUAUGCUCGCUUCAAUCAACCUAAUAACAUUUUCAUUUCCAAGCAAAAUGAAAUAUUUGUGGCCGACAGUUUAAAUCAUGUCAUUCGAAUGAUUGCGCCAAAUGGAACAACGUACACCAUAUGUGGAACAGGUACGGCAGGAUAUAAUGGAGAGAAUAUUUCACCUCCUCGACGUGCUCAACUCAAUUAUCCAACUGGAAUUUAUUUGAGUGAACAAAAUGAACUGUUCAUAGCCGAUACGAAUAACCAUCGCAUUCGAAAAGUUUCUAGAGACGGAGUUGUAACAACAGUUGCUGGAAACGGAGUUCAAGGAGGUACCGACAUUGGAGAUGAAUCUAUUCGUAAUGCUAAAGAUUUUAAAUUGAACAAUCCCACUGGAAUAUUGGUGGUCAAUAAUACUUUGUUUAUUGCUGACAAGGGAAGCAAUAGAAUUAGAAUAGUUGAAAAUGCUUGCGAAGAAGGAUAUGUGAUGAACAUUGAACAAUCCACAUGUACUCCAACUUGCUUUGGAAUUGUUGCUUCAGAUCCAUCUGUUUGCUCAGGAAAUGGAGUUUGUAAAGGAGUGAAUGUUUGCGAGUGUAAAGCAGCAUACAGUGGAGACAAAUGUGACCAAACCUUCUUGGUCUAUUUCAUUCCAAUUAGUAUUUCAUUGCUUGUAUUAUGUGUCAUAACGUCACUUGUCGUUAUGACUAUUGCUUGGUGCAAUUUUAAAAGAUGGAAACGAAUGAAAUUUAAGGAAAGUGAGCUUGAGCAAAAACUAUUGGAUCUUAAUGAAUAUUCAAGUGGUAUUGAGAAAACUUCUUUCAUACCAUUUGAUGAAUUGGAAAUUAUCAGUCGAGUCGGAAGUGGAGCUUUUGGAAAUGUUUUCAAAGCCAAAUGGAAACAGGCCAUUGUAGCCGUGAAAUCCAUCGACGUUUCUUCCGAGGAUAUUGAAGAAGAUGAUUUUGCAAAAGAAGCCAUGCUAUUAAGCACAUUGAAGCAUCCCAAUAUCGUGUCGUUUUUUGGAAUUUCUCUUUCUGAAACAAAACGACUGCUUGUUGUUGAAUAUUUGGACGGAGGUAGCUUGGAAGCUUUAAUUUCAGAAUUGAGAACAGGAAAACGCAAGUGCACGGUUUUACAGAAAAUCAAAUACCUGAUCGAUAUUGCGAAUGGAAUUUUAUAUUUACACACUCUUUCUCCAAAUGCAAUCAUACACAGAGAUUUGAAACCAGCAAAUAUUCUGUUAAGUAGUAGUGGAGUUUGUAAAGUGUGCGAUUUUGGACAGAGUAGAAUGUUUUCAAAAGAAACAAAGAAUGCCAUGACAAGUCAUAUUGGAACAUUCUUUUACAUGGCCAAUGAAAUGCUCUCAGCAGAUAAUAACAUUGACUCAAGAUUUGCCACUGCCAUAGAUGUGUACAGCUUCUCCAUUGUCAUGUGGGAAUUAUUAUUCGAAGAGCCGCCUUAUCUUUCUCGAAAUUUCGAAAAACUUUUCUUUGAGGAAAAUUUUGAAUCAUCUAUUUAUUCAAAACUAACAAGUUAUAACAUUUUGAUUGAAGUAGUGAAGGGACUUCGACCACCAAUUCCAUUUUCAACUCAGGAGAGUUGCUUGAGGUGGUGUGAAAUAUUCCUUCAACAACAACACUCACUGUCAGUUGUCAACCUUUCAAAUGUGGUAUGGAAGUUGACUACACUAAUUCAACAAUGCUGGUCAAGCAACCCACAAGAAAGACCUUCAUUUUCUGAUAUUGUUAACACUCUUUCUCAACUGAAACAUGAGUUGGAACCAUAA